UUUAGUUGGUACCUGGUGUCCACAGGUGUUGGUAAAAAUUCACAGUAGAUUGUCGGCGGCCAAGACGUUUGCAAUUCUCGGGUUAACAGUUCGAAACUGGUUUGUUAUCAGCGCGUCCAGUUGCACUUUGCACUUUGACCUGCAUCCUACGGACUCAACUUUAGGCACAUAUUUAUAACCCGGUAAAAUGGUUCUCUCGAAGCCUCUGUACUCGCUCUUUGGAUCCUAUCUGGAGCAGCUCUUUAACCAUCCGGUCCGCACUAAGUCCAUUACGGCAUGCGUCCUGGCCACCUCGGCGAAUGUGACCUCGCAAAGAUUGGCGGGAGCCAAGACCCUCAACCAGCAUAGUGUAUUUGCCUACGGACUAUUUGGCCUUAUCUUCGGUGGAAGUGUACCCCAUUAUUUCUAUACAACGGUGGAGCGACUCUUUAACCACGAUGUGCGAUUCAGGAGGUUCUUCCUGUUCCUGUCCGAGCGGCUGGUCUACGCUCCCAUCUACCAGGCUCUAUCACUGUUCUUCUUGUCCUUGUUCGAGGGCAACUCCCCUAACACAGCGGUGAAGAAUGUGGAGAAGCUCUACUGGCCUCUGCUGAAGGCCAACUGGCAGUACCUUUCCCUGUUCGUCUAUCUUAACUUCGCCUACGUGCCUCCGAUGUUCCGGUCCAUCAGCAUGGCCAUCAUCUCGUUCAUCUGGGUGGUGUACAUUGCCCAGAGGCGUCGCCGUUUCCAGGAGAAGCUGGCAGCCGAGAAGGCCGCCAAAUAAGCAUUCCUCCUCAGUCGCGAAGACUUUAAACCUUGUGCAUGUUGUCUUGGCUUAAUAUUCCAAUUACUGUUUAGAUUACGGCCGUACUGCUUCAAGUUCUUUAUCUGCCCUGCGUUCCGGCGGAUUGCAAAAACUUCGUGUGUGGAUGAGGGCCUAAAGAUAAGCUAAAACUAAAUGGUGCGCCGCCUUAUCAACCGACUGUUGUUAAACCUUAAAUUUUUUUAAACUUUUCGUACUAAAAAUAAACGUAUAAGUAAUAUAAAA